GGCCAAGUGGGAAACAUCAGGCACAAGGAUGGUUUCUCGCCGCCAACACUCAUCGUCAAGGGCAAGCUUGGUCAUCCCGAGGCUAUCCAGGUCAAGGACUUCCAGUUCCUUGAGCAAGCCAUCGCCGACAAUGGCGGAAAGGCAAGCACCAAAGUCUGCAUCCCUUCUCCAACAAUGGUGCACUUCCGCGGCGGACGCGCCUCCAUCGACGUGUCCGCAUACCCCGACCUAGACGUCUUCUUCGACGACCUCGCUCGCGUAUACCAGGAGGAGCUCGACUCGCUCUACAAGGCCGGCUGCCGCUUCGUCCAGCUCGAUGACACUAACCUGGCCUACCUCUGCGACCCCGACAUGCGCAAGGCGGCGGAACAAGAACGCAACGAAGACCUCAGCACUCUGCCGCGAAAGUACGCCGAGCUGAUCAACAAGGCCAUUGAGAAGAGGCCAGCCGACAUGAAGAUUGGUAUCCAUCUCUGCCGCGGCAACUACCGCUCCAAGUGGUUCGCCUCAGGCGGCUACGAGCCCGUCGCCGAGGUCCUGUUCAAGGAACUCAACGUUGAUGCUUACUUCCUCGAAUACGACGACGCUCGCUCCGGCGACUUUUCGCCUCUUCGUCAUCUCCCGGAGCACAAGGUCGUCGUGUUGGGUGUCAUGUCGAGCAAGAAGAACACGUUGGACGACAAGGAGGAGAUUAUUAAGCGUCUUCAUGAGGCGGCUAAGAUUACGCCCAAGGGUCUCGAUCAGCUGUGUGUGAGCCACCAGUGUGGUUUUAGCUCGACUGCUGAGGGCAAUGAAUUGACUGAGGAGGAGCAGUGGGCCAAGGUCAGGUUGAGCGUGGAAAUCGCAAAGCAAGUUUGGGGCGAGGACAUUAGCAAGUAAAGAGUGUAUCGUCUUUGUGUAUUUGGAGUCGGUGGGAUGGUGUAAAUACUAGUAUUUGAACGGCUAAUGCUGCCGAUUGCUCGACGUGGGCGGAUAUGAGAGUGGCAUGGGAUCGGGGCAUGAGAAAGGUGUUACGGAGAGAAAGAAGUUGACCAGGUCUCAACGACCGGUCCAUUUAUGUAUUAUGAAAUCACGGUUCAACCCCAAGAAUAGUAUAAGAAUAUAGUAACAUUCAAUUAGUCA